CUUAAUCCAUCGCCAACCGGCAAAAAUGACGUCAUCUUCACCGUCUCCACAAGCCUCCAUGCUUUUGUACUGGCACGAUAGCCAAUACGACGACCGCAACUUCCAGAUUCAUGGCCGAACACUCUUCUUCGCCGUGGCUCUGUUAUCCGUCGUCUUCGUCUUCGCUCUACUCACUCUCUACAUCCACCGGAGCUGCCUACCACACACUCCCGCCACUAUUAUCCACGAGCCGUCUCCUGAUCAACACACGCUCUGCGUCCGAGGAGGGCUUGAUCCGGCGACGAUUAGAAGCUUGCCCGUGGUGCUUUUCCGGAGAGAAGCGGCGGAGGAUGAGGAUGAGGAGGAGGAGUGUUGUAUAUGUCUCGGUGGUUUCGAGGAAGGGGAUAAGAUGAAACUGCUUCCUCCGUGUAGCCAUUGUUACCACUGCGAAUGUGUGGAUCGGUGGCUUAAGACCGAGUCGAGUUGUCCGCUAUGCAGAGUUUCCAUCCGAGUGGACUCGUCCAUGUCGUUGCCAAGGCAAUGAGACAGCUAGAGUGAUAGUGAUUAAAGAUAUUAAUAUGUUUUUUUUUUGUCAUUGGGUGAGUCAAAGAUAUUAGUUAACAUUUUGCAUGGCCGUGGAUGGAGAGGAAGAUAUUUUAUACACACACACACGAAUGGUUAUGGUUUCUCUAACAAAAUUUAAUUUUCCUAUUAUGUCUUUAUCAUUGAUCGUAAGUUUUGAUAAACUUCUAUUAUUAAAAACGUACAAUGAUGGACAUUCUUUGUGUAGAUAA